AGUUCUGAUCAGAUUGAUCAUCGUUUAAAAAGAAUCAAAACAAAGCCAUGUGCGAAAUUGCUAAAAGCUUUUAAAAACAUAAGACCAAACAAAUUCACCCAUGAUUGUUUUUUGUCAUUAUUCCGAAUAAUAUUAAAGUAAUUGUUAAACCUAGUUUUAAUUUAAUUUAAACAUGAGUGCUGCACAAUUUGAAGAUUCGUUGAAUGAUGUCACGAAAUCGCUCGACAUUAUUAGUUUAGCAAAGGUGCAUCUGGAAGAAAAUAUCGAUGCAAACAGUGCUUCGACACUCACCAAAGAAGUUGCGAUUGCCAAUGCUAUCUUCGGAAAAUCCUAUUAUGGCGAAGAAGUGCCCAAUUCCGAGGAUGAUGAGGAUUUCAGCGAUAGCGAUGGAGAGUUAUGCUAUUUUGAUGUUUAUAAUGUUAAGAAAAAUCAGUGCGCUAACGUGCAGCAGUCGCACACGAACGUUCAAAAAUCCAGUCAGAAGGUUUCGAAUUUUCAACCAGCUGAUGCAUUAUUCAAAAAGUUUACCAAUAAAAUCAACGUGGAAAAAUAUGAGGGUCCCGCAGCGCUUCCAGAUCAUGCGAAAAACACGCUUAUUGCGGUCCAACGGAAAGCUGAUAAUGAUCGACUGAGGUGCAAAGAUAAGCAAGAUCGAGCAACGGCUGAGCAGGUAAUGGAUCCACGGACUAGAAUAAUUCUUUUUAAGCUACUGAGCCGUGAUAUGAUUUGUGAAAUCAAUGGUUGUAUAUCGACUGGUAAAGAAGCGAACGUUUAUCAUGCUACAUCAAAGAGUGGCAUGGAUUACGCGAUAAAAAUUUUCAAGACAUCGAUUUUGGUCUUCAAAGAUCGCGAUAAGUAUGUGACUGGAGAAUUUCGUUUCCGACAUGGCUACAGUAAACAUAAUCCGAGAAAAAUGGUACGAACUUGGGCGGAGAAGGAAAUGCGAAAUCUGGUUAGGAUGAAAAAGUGCAAUUUGCCUGUACCUGAGCCGAUCCUACUUCGAAGUCACGUACUUGUAAUGCAGUUUGUAGGAGAAAAUGGUUGGCCAGCACCGAAGUUAAAGGAUGUCGAACUGAACAACUCGAAAGCUCGCGAAUUGUAUCGGGAUUCGGUUGAGAUUAUGUGGACCAUAUACAACAAAUGCAAACUGGUGCAUGCUGAUUUGUCCGAGUUCAAUCUUUUGUACCACCAAGGGAAAAUAGUCAUCAUCGAUGUUUCGCAAUCUGUUGAACACGAGCAUCCACACGCAUUGGAGUUUCUGAGAAAAGAUUGUACUAACGUUACUGAUUUUUUCCGGAAAAAAGACGUUUCCACGAUGACGGUUAAAGAAUUAUUCGAUUUUAUUACCGAUCCAACUAUAACGGAGGCUAACGUGGAGAGUUGUCUAGAAAAAAUGUCGGACAAAAUCGCCAAUCGAAGCUUUGAUGAGUUUACUGAGCAGCAGAAGAUGGAAGACGCUAUAUUCAAGCAGAUUUUCAUUCCGAAAACUCUUCACGAUGUGUACGAUGUUGAGCGGGACAUUUUUGAAAAUGCGAACAAAAGUGAAUUAGUUUAUAAAACGAUCGCUGGUUUGGAUGGAAACCUUAAGGUGGCGCAAAAUCCGGAGAUAUUGCAGCAGCAUACAGAUGAUGGGGCGAAUAAAGAAACACACUCAAAUUCGUCACAAAUGGACUCCGAUAGUGAAAGUACUGAUGUCGCAGAUGAGAAUAGUAGUGAAAAUGUGAAGGGAUCAAUAGUAACUGUCCGGGAGAAAAACGAAACGACGGAAGAUCGACGGGCUCGUAAAAAAGCGUUUAAGAAUGAGAAAGCCGAAAAACGUAAAUCCAAGGUGAAAAAACACAUCAAAAAGCGAAAAGAGAAAAUUGGAACUAAAAAGUAAAUAAAAACAUUAAUUUUUGUUUUGUAUGAAAAAAUGA